AUGAAACAUGUUCUGGUUUUGCAACGUGAUGAAAAAGAGAUCAUUAGAACUUCCUUUGUUCUAAAUUUCAAACAUUUUGCUACUAAUUGGCUCAAGUUCUGCUCAUUUAUCGCCCACCCUUCUGCUGACGACAGUCAGCCGUCUCUAUCUCGUCUUCGUCGACAAACAACACCAGCUCUUCCCACUUCGCGUGAUUUUGACAUUCCUGACAGAUACGGUGAAACUCUCGCCGGCAAACCGUUUCUUCUCAUCGAUACACUGAUCCGCGGCAAGAGAAUGUUGGCAUUCGCAAACGAAUUACAGCUGGUCAUCCUAUUUAAGUCGAAACAUAUCUUUAUCGAUGGCACUUUUUCGGUCUGUCCACCAUUUUUCGACCAGGUCUUUAUUAUUCAUGGCGUUCACCACGAACAUGUUGUGCCCUGUGUCCUCGCUCUACUUCCUGGCCGAUCUGCUACCGUCUACAAACACCUAUUCGAGACGCUUGACGAGCAAGCCACAGAUUUAGACAUGUCUUUCGAACCAGAAAUGAUCACGAGCGCCUUCGAGAGUGGCUUGAUCAAGGCUGUGCAACAGCAUGUAUGUUUUCUACAUCGGUGUGAAGCUAGCACCAUCAAACUAAGGAUUUUCUGA